GGAAAAUCCAUCACAACCAGACUUUCCCAACUGUCCGUAUCCAGACUUCCAAAUUCUGCUCUUAUCGCGGAUUUGCACACGGUACAGAGUCAGAGCGACGUGCACAUUUCCCUCUUUCAUUCAAUGUUCAAUUGAACUAGUCAUUCGGCUCCAAAGAAACCAUGGACUCCUCCAUCCCCCAUCCCCAGCAUCUCCAUCUCCAUCGCCAGUCCCAGUCCCAGACCAAGACCCAGAUCCCUCCUUCGUCCUCCACUUCAUCCGACGACAGAAGCUCGGUCGGGACUUCUGAUACUUCCUUUGCUUCACAUCCAGAAUAUUUCCGUUAUUCAUCCCAUCAGCUCACCCAACCCACGGAUACCUUUCCUACUUUUCCUCUGCCGGCUACCAGUCACAGCGACAGGAAUUCUGCUUCCCACGCCUACUCGCAGCAGCCACAAAGGAACAAUCGACAUCGAAACCCUUCCCUCACCAGCGCCCAACAACGCUCACGCGCCCAAUCCUCAGCAUCAUCGGUGUCGACCUCCUCGGUGCGCCGCAAACCACUCCCAGCCAACGCCUCGCCGUUGGCUACACGCUUUUCCACUGGCGACUAUCUCGUAGGGAACAGCUUUCAAACGCUCAACGAUUUGCCAGAGCUCCCGGAGCCCACGUACCCACGACCCUACUACUCCAUUGACAGUCCAACGCUCCACGAGUUCCCUCCGACCUCGAAACUUGACCUCAGUGAAGAUUCGUUGCUGUUGGAUUUUUCUGACGACUCAUUUGUAGAGUAUGUACUACUGCACUCCACCCCUCCCCAUGAUAUACAAAUCAUUUUUUCUUUUCUUUUUCUGCCGAACCGUUUUUGUUUCACGGUGCUUGGCUGAUGUAGCUGAGUAGCAAUCCAACCGAUCGGAUCGCUUUGGAAGAUUCGUCGUCCGGUUCGCCUACACUCGUUGCGAACUCCGCAAACACCCUCGCAAACCUGCAACGGAUUGGCUCGCCAGACAGUCCAAACCAAUCCAUCCCACCUUCGCUUCCACUUGACAGCUACGAGUAUACGGCAAAACAUGCAAGCUUGACCACAGACUCAGCGCUCACAUCAGCUGCCUCGGACUCUACGGGCACAUGGUACAGCCACUCCAGCUCAACUAGUCAAUCCCCGUCUCUUGUGUCAAUGUUCUCACCCAAAGCCACACCACCACAUAAUCUUAAUUCACCUAAUGGUAUAUCGCGAAGUUUUACGAAUGAAUCUCUAGAGUCUAAUACAACCAUAAGUAAAUCCCGCCCCAAAUCCCCCGGCGGCUCCAAGCUGGGAACCUUUUUCGGCUGGGGAGGGAACAGCACCACACCAGGCACUCCAACUUCGGAAGCUUACUCGCCCAUACCUUCGCCCCAACCAUUAGACAACAAGUUUGCAGAUGCCUCCCGGUCAGGUUCAAAGCAACAUAAACCCAACGCAAUCGACGUGCCCAAGGCCAACGCCGAUGCAGGCUACAUGAGAAAUUCAUACUUACAGAUACCGUUGGCAACACCGACGACACCACUACAGAUCGAAGAAAUGGAGACCGAACUAAAAGAAAUCAGCGCGGAGCUCGCGUCGUCCAUACGGCGGGAGAUGGACCUCGAGGAUCUCGUCGAGCGACUCCAAAUAGAGGCACAGAAUGCAUCAAAUCCGAAUGGGAAAAGAACGAGUGACUACUUUUCCGACUCGGGUACUAGUUCGGUCAAGUAUGGAGGAGAAUCCGAUGCUCGACAGGAUGAGCUUGAUCGAAUGAUGCGCAAGACGCAACAGGAUAAGGCACAGAUGCGAUUAGAGCUUACUGAGAAGGUCCAAGAGGAACGAAACAGACGCAAGGUGCUUGAAACUCAAAUUCGGACGCUGGAGGAGAAAGCUUUGCAGGUUUGUCACUCGCCAUUCCACACAACGCUUCUACUAAUACAUUCCAUAGGUUGAUAUUGCUUCGAUAAAUUCCGUGGAUACCACCGGAAGAUUAAAAGACUUGGAGAAGACAUGUGAAGACCUUCGUCGACGCUUGGCCGAGGAAAAGCAGGUGAAGGAUAACUUUGAAGACCUCCUAACUGCGCUCAAAGCAGAGCUAGAAAGUUCACACAACGAGAGAGAUAACCUUCGCGAUGAGAUCGUUCCUCAAUUACGUGCUCGUGUGGAAGGGUUGGAGGCUCAGGCUGCGGAGCACGAGAAACUGACCUAUGAGCAAUCGAAAAUGCAACAAGAACUCCAAACACUGAAGACAGAGAAUACGACCUUGGCCCACGCACAGCAAAACUUGAGGAGGUUUGGUAGUAUCUCAGAGGAACCUUCGUCAAUGAUGAAUCCAAGAGCUUCCAUGGGAUUGGGAAGAUCAAAUUCCGUGGCUCAGGGAAUGAUCUCACGACCACGACCACCGUCUCUCGCAAGAUCAUCAUCCGUUAAAGUCACCGAGUCGAGAGAAGCUCUUGCUGAGCGGGUCAAAGAUAUUGAGCUUCAGCGAGACGCGUUACACCGUGCCAUGAAAAGUCUACUCGAGCGUCAGGAGCACCAAAACCGUGAGAACCAAAAGAAAAUUCGACAAUUGGAAAUGGAGAGAGAUCGGGCCUUGUCGGAUUCUCCAAGAAGAUUAGGUUAUGAUCGGGAGGUUGCAAACUUAAGGGAAGAAAUCAACGCCCUCCGCCGCCGCGCAGAUGAAGCUAUAGAGCAGAAAUGGCAAUGCGAAAAGGGAUUGAGUGGUUUGAAGAUGGACCUUGACAGAGCAGAACAGGAAAUUGGAUCGUUACGAACUCUAUUACAGGAACACGAUAUUCUAAUACCAAUGGGUGGCCGACCUCGAAGCCACGGAUCACCAGAUGAUAGUCACAUUACAUCUGAAGGGCUCGAAAAUGCCUACAAGGACUUACAAAAAGCCUAUGCGGAGUCGCUGAAUCGGAUUCAGAAAUUAGAAAGCUCAGAGCCCAUGAGCGAAGAAACCUCAUUGGCCAUGAAGCAAUUGGAACGAAGCCUCGCUACAGCGGUAGCUGAACGGGACAUUGCUAAGCAAGAGGUCGACUCUUUGAGAGGUGAAGCUAUUUCCCUUAGGUCUGCCGAGAAAGAUCAUGCAGGCGAAGAGCUCGCCCUUUCAGAGCAACUUCGCGCUUCAGCAAAUCGUGUCGAAGAGCUUGCCAAACAAGUUCGUGAACAACUUUCGGCAAACACCAACCUCCGUCGGCGCCUUGCGGAAACCGUCGAGCGUGGUGAAAAGGAGCAAAGGAUGAACGCCACCAAGAUCAUGCUCAUGCAAGGUAAACUCAAGGUUCUUGAAGAACAGCUGAUGGUUGCUCAACAAGCCUCCGAAGAGAAGCUCUCUAAGCAUGAGGAGGAAAUCAGAGAACUCAAGUCUAGCCACAACAUCCAGCUUUCGCGGAUGAAGACUGGAAUUCAGUCACCUCGUUCUUUUGGUCCCAAAUCUCCCCUCUCGCCUUUGUUUGCUGGAUCGACCAAGAUGCCACGAAUCAUGUCUACCUCAUCUGGUAAGGCGAUGUCAGUUUCUGAAGACUCCAAGAUGGAGUUCCUCAAACAAAGAGUGAUGGAUCUUGAGAGAGCACUUGCUGAUGCUGAUCGAGAGAUGGAAGAAGUGGUUGGCCGUAUGAAUGUUGCCCAAAUCGAAGUCAUGGAACUCCAAAAUGAGCGUGAAGAAGCUCAACGCGAGACCAGAAGACUCCAGAAAGCCAUCGAGCAAGAGAAACUUCAAGCGUUUGAGGGAAAAUUUGCCACUCUCGGCGCAUGAGCAGGCCGAGCCUACAAUGGAAUGGCGACGCAGAGAUUAUUCCAGCAUAUUAGCGAGCGAGUCCAAGUUCGACUCAAUAUUUACGAGACCUAUAAUUCUUCUUUCUUCCGGAUACCACGGGAUUUUCUUCUUUUUUUGCAUCACUUGUCCCCAUUGGCAAAAGGCAUAGCCGGGGCAGUGUGGAGUUCUCUUGCCUUGCUGUUUUUGUUUUUGCAUUCGGCAUUUACAUGUAUUGGAUGGGCGAACAUAUAUAUUUGGAGAGGCAAAACUAUUUUCUGGAAGCCGGGGGGUUGGUUAGCAUUUUCAUUCUUGAUUACUUUACAUGCUCCUCGUAUUGGGUAUGAUAAUGUAUUGUUUUUUUGUCUUUUUUUGUUUUUCUGGUGUAGGCGAGAAAAGGGUCCAGGGAAUCUUUUUUCUUUCUUUUUUGUGUAAUUGUAAAGAGAAGAUUGAUGGAUGGAAGGAAGGAAGGAAGGGAGAAGAGGAUGGAUUGAUUGAAUUGAUUGAAGGAAGUCGGUAAAAUGGACUAGAUGAUUGACAUGAGGGUGUAUAUAGAUGUCGUGUGUCUACAUUUUUGUGGAGGACAGGAGAAGGAUAAGAGGGAGGGGAGACAGGAUUGAAGAUUGAAUGAAAGAUGAGAAUUUUCAAACCCAAGAAGAAAUGAAUUCGUGUAUUUUUUUUUUUGUUUAGUGUCUUAUGAUGGAUGUGUGAAG